AUGGCUACCGCAUUUCCUGAUGAAAUCAGGGCUUCGCCUGAAGCGGCCUCGCCGGCGAGCCCGGCUUCUUCAACUGGUCAGAUCCCUUUGGAACAACCGCCCAAACUCAAGGGACGUCACAAGUUGCUCCAGAGCCUGCAGCGCAUCUCGUCAAGCCCGAGUCUGACCAGACGGGGCCGGUCCCAUUCUACGGGAUACCGUCGCGACAACAAGGCCUCUUUGUCCUGUGUCUCCCUGUCCCAAUCCGCAUACACUCCUUGUCUGGGUAAUGGAAGCACCUCUCAACUUUAUGGUGGAUUGAACGCCCGUCCGAUUACUCCCGGUGCUGCUGCAUUCCCAGUUGACCAUGAGGGAAAUCCUCGAAUUCGCCUUGUCGGUUCCGACUCGCCCAAUGCGCGGACAGUUCCAUUGCCUACCGAUCUGCGACCAGGCUCUCGUGGGUCUCCGUUGGGAAUGGACGCAGCUGAUCAGACUGCCACGGCGCGGUCGACCCCCAAGCCAAAGAAAGUCUUUGAUUUCUGGGGGAAUAUGCCGGAUGAGCUGAAGAUGCGCAUUUUCCAGUACCUCACCCCGAAAGAGAUUGUCCGUUGCUCUGCGGUUUCGAGGGCAUGGAACAAAAUGUGUUAUGAUGGACAGUUGUGGACUGAAGUCGACACGACAGACUACUACCGCGACAUCCCUAGCGAUGGUCUUGUAAAGCUUAUUACCGCCGGUGGGCCGUUCGUUCGCGAUCUCAAUCUCCGGGGCUGUGUCCAAUUGAAGGAUAAGUGGAAGACUGAUGGCGAUCGCAUCACCGACUUGUGCCGAAACGUCGUCAACUUCUCGUUGGAAGGAUGCCGCAUCGACACUCAAUCGAUCAACUGCUUUCUCUUGCGCACCCCCCGACUGGAGUAUAUCAACCUGUCCGGCUUAUCGUCUGUCAGUGACUCUGCCAUGACGAUUAUCGCACAGUCCUGCCCUCAACUUCAGAUCUUGAAUGUAUCCUGGUGCACCGGCGUUCACACCGCGGGGCUAAAGAAGAUUGUCAGCACUUGCAAAAAUCUGAAGGAUCUCCGGGCGAGUGAAAUUCGUGGGUUUGACGACGUCGAAUUCGCCGUACAACUAUUCGAGCGAAAUACCCUGGAACGCCUGAUUAUGAGUCGCACCGAUCUUACGGACGAAUGUCUGAAGGCGCUUGUGCAUGGUCUUGACCCGGAAAUGGAUCUUCUCGAGGAACGCGCGCUUGUCCCUCCGCGAAGACUGAAACAUCUAGAUAUUCACCAGUGCACGGAGUUGACAGAUGACAGUGUGAAGUGUCUUGCCCACAAUGUGCCGGAUUUGGAAGGCCUGCAGCUCUCACAAUGCUCUGAGCUCACCGACGAAUCGGUCAUGGCGGUGAUUCGGACCACUCCCCGCCUGACACACCUCGACCUGGAGGAUAUGGAAAGGCUAUCCAACCAUACGCUUCUCGAGCUUGCCAAGUCCCCGUGUGCUGCGCGCCUGCAACACCUCAACAUCAGCUAUUGUGAGAGCAUCGGUGACAUCGGAACCUUGCAGAUCAUGAAGAAUUGUCCUUCCCUCCGUUCCGUUGAAAUGGACAACACUCGGGUGUCCGACCUGACCCUAAUGGAAGCCAGCUUCCGCGUACGCAAGCGUGGCUACGAUGAAAACCUUCCCAAGAUCGGCCUCCGUCUGGUUGUAUUUGAUUGCGCCAAUGUCACCUGGGCCGGUGUAAGGGAAGUCCUCUCAAGCAAUGCGUACCUCCCGCGCGCUACCCGCAAAUCCAUGCAAGCGGUCUCGGUUGUCACCCACACGGUCGAUCCCAGUCAGUCCACGACCGUGAUUGCGUCCUCUAUCACACCUCCGCCGCCGCCACCCGUAUACCCUAACGAAAUCAUCCAUCUGAAGUGCUUCUAUGGCUGGCAGCCGACCGUGGAUGAGCACAACAAGCGAGUCCUCCGUGGUGAUCUUAUGGCUGCGAGCAGGCUAGAUCGGAAGUGGGCCGAGUACAUGAUGGCAACCGAAGAAGCGGGUGCUCCGGGAUCCGGGGUGAGAAGAAGACGGCGUCGAGCCCGUGAAGCCGAGAGAAUCUAUAACGAAGACGACGAAGAUGCAGCGUUCGGUGUCGGGGCUGUCACUACACUCGGGGCAGGAAGACGGCGACACACCGAAGGCGGCGGCACAGGAGGCUGCAGUGUCAUGUAA